GUAUUUUGCGUGUCGAUCUUGAGUCUUGAGUCGGGUGUCUAUAUCAGACCCCGAAACUCUGACCAAACAUCUAAAAUCACGGAGCAUCCCAUGUUAUUUAUUACACACAAAACAUCCUCGAAAUCACCUUGUCCAAACAAAACCCUCCAAUGGAUCAUCUCCCCCACUCCCUCCUCCUGGAAAUCCUGACUCGCCUGCACGACUCAGCCCUCCUAACUCGCCUCAAACUCACCUCCAAAACCCUCAACUCACUCUCCACUCAGACCCCAUCAAUCCAUCUCCAAUGCUCCCACUCUCGCUACCUCAAAUCACGAUCACCCCUCACCAUGUCCCAGAUCACUCCCUUCAAGACCAUCUUGAUCAAACUCAUCGACACCUCUGAGGUCCCUGUUGAGUCCGUGUGUAUUGGUGUGGAGAAUUCGCUUCGUGGGCUGGUUUAUGAUGAUGUGGAGGAUGAGAGUGAUGAUUUGUUUCUGACUGAGAGUGGGUUUGUGGAGGAGUGGGCGAGGAGAGUUGGGGAGGGGCUGAAGAUGGUUUCGGUUUGCGAUUUUUGGGUGCAGUCUUGCUGGAGACGGUCUCGUGUGCUUCCCAUCAUUUCCAAUUAUUGUCACAGUCUUCUUGAACUAGAGGUGAAGAAUGCUUGGUUGUCUGUAGAUGGUUUAAAACCGAUGCCGAUGCUCAGAAAGUUGACACUAGAAUUUAUCAGACUUGAUGAUGAGGACCUAGAUAAACUGAAUGAAUGUUUCCCGGCUCUUCAAGUUCUAAACUUGAUUGGAGUUGGUGGAUUGACAGACCCAAAGAUUCAUCUCUUCAACCUAAAAGCAUGUCAGUGGACUGUCUCUAAUGCUCCAUUAUCUCUGACUAUAUGUGCUCCUAAUCUUGCCAGUCUAGAACUUAAAUGUGCUAAGCCAAGAAAACUAUCUAUUGAUGCUCCAUUAUUGUCUCAUUUCCAUCUUAGUUUAGAGAGAGCGGGCCAGUUUAAAGUAGAAGAACUUAAGACUCUAAAAACACUACACCUAGAAUCCUCAGACUUAUGUUACCUACUCUGCACAUUUCCAUAUAAUACAACAAUUCAGAAUCUUACGCUGGACUCGCCAAAGUGUGGGCCAGUUGAAAUGACGAAGUUCAGCCUUCUUAAGGUAUUCAGUGUUUUCCCAAAUGCAAGCAGUCUUACAUUGGGUUCUGGGGUCUGGUCAGAACUAAUGAUGUGCCCUUCGGCACCAUUGGCUCCGGUGGCCGAAAGUUUAAGAGCUAGGAGUAUUAUGAAGGGCUUGAAGCAAAUUACUGCUUACUUGGUGCUAGGUGAUAUAGACAUAACACUCUCCUUCAUUUCAUAUGUCCUAGGGAAAUGCUCAAAUUUAUCAGACAUGGCAUUGUUUAUUCACCGCGAUGUUGAUUCUGGUGUUGCAAGUAGCCUUAUCUCGUCAUGUGUGACUCAGUGCUCAAGAGUAAGAUGGAGGUGGGGAACUUGGAAAGAAGGAACUAAAGACUGUUGGAUUUGAAAGAGCGCCUGACCUGACGUAAAUGUGUAAAGAGGAAUUUAUGUAUGCCAUGCUUUAAUAAUUUCAUGGUGAUUCUCCCACGUAGCUUUGGUGAUUUUGAAGAAUCAGAAUAUUAUCUGUGUCAGAUACCCAAGCGUUUGUUGUAUCCAACACAACUUACUAAACAGGUCCAGUGUACUUCUUCAAUGUCUGCUUUAAAUCAGUGUAUAAUAUAUGUAUGGUUCCCUAACCUCUGACCUCGGUUUUUCUCUCCCAAUAUGCUCCUGGUUAUGCUUUCAUAGUUGUAUAAUAAUUUAUCAUGGCCAUAUGUGUUUAUCAUAUCAUACAAUAAAGGGUAGUGAUAUUUUCGCAGUAUCCUUCAUUCUUCUUUUAUGUGUCCUUAAUUGUAAUCUCCCUUUUAAGAUGAUAAAAGAAGAAAAGUGCACAGCUCAAUAUAUGAUACCCAAAUUGUGAUCGAGUA